UGGAAUCGAUACUUUGCUGAAUAGCAAAACUUGAGCACACUGUUACUGUGUGCUCGACGCAGAAUGAGUGUCAGUGCUAGAGUCCGAUGUGUUAGUAAGCCCUAGCACUGUGACUAUAAAGACACUGUCUAACUAGACUCUCUCAGUGGUCAUCACAUGAUUAGGCUUACUAAUUAGACACAAAGAAACUGGACUUUUAUACCGAGUUCAAAGUAUUUUUAUAAUGGCGGAGAACGUAAAAUUGCAAAUGGAAACAGUUUCUAUAAUAGAUAAUCAUCAAGAAAGCACAUCAUCAGAAGUCAAAACUAGGCUUCUGAGUGACAACAUCAACUCCAACCCAGGUCACCUAGAAUCUGUCAAAGAGAGAGCAGCCAGGAUCACAAAUGAAACGGAAGGGUCCAGCGUACUGAGUUUUCAUGACAUCAAUUAUGAAGUUGAAACUAGAACAUCCAUUUGCAGGAAAAAAACACUGAAACAUAUUUUGAAAGAUGUCAGUGGUAUAUUUCGACCUGGUAUGAAUGCCAUACUUGGUCCUACAGGAAGUGGAAAGUCUUCUCUUUUAGAUGUAUUAGCUGGGAGGAAGGAUCCUAAAGGGCUGACUGGAACCAUAUUGUUGGAUGGAUCACCUACUCCCCAUAACUUUAAGUGUCUCGUUGGCUAUGUUGUGCAGGAUGAUGUCGUCAUGGGAACUUUGACAAUACGUGAAAACUUUGAAUUCUCUGCUACACUUCGUCUUCCUUCCAAUAUUAAAAAACAUGAAAGGAAAGAGAGAAUUGACCAGGUCAUCUAUGAACUUGGAUUAACAGAAGUGGCAGACUCAAAGGUUGGAACAGAAUAUAUACGAGGUGUAUCUGGAGGGGAAAGAAAACGUUGUAGUAUAGGCAUGGAGCUGAUUAUCUCCCCUCCUGUCCUGUUUCUUGAUGAGCCAACCACAGGGCUUGAUGCCAGCACUGCAAUGGCUGUCAUGUUGCUGCUAAAAAAAUUGGCAGUAGGUGGACGUAAUAUCAUCUUCUCAAUCCAUCAGCCUCGAUAUUCAAUCUACCGCCUGUUUGAUUCCCUCAUGUUGUUAUCUCAUGGUGAUGUGGCCUACCAUGGGAAGGCUAGUGAGUCAUUGGACUACUUCGCUUCUGUUGGCUAUUUUUGUGAAGAGCACAACAAUCCACCAGACUUUUUCCUGGACGUCAUCAAUGGAGACUCUACUGCUGUACAGUCAACCACAACUAAGAAUGUCAACGGACUAAUUGGUGAUUCCAAUGAAAUUCAUAUAAUUAAUAGAGAUUCUGAGAAAAGUAAAGAUAUUGUCAUUACAGUUGAAGAAAAAAACUCAUCACUUCGUGAGUUGUUUAGAAACUCUAGCUGGUACUCAAGCGUUCAAGAAGAAUUGAAACCUAUUAUGAGUGCACAUCAAAAAGAUGGUGCUGCAGUCGAAAUAAAGAAAGUAGAUUAUAAGUCUUCCUUUGGUAUGCAGUUACUAACAGUGUCCAAAAGAUGUGUUAAAAAUAUUGUUAGAAAUCCACAAGUCACAAUUAUGCAGAUCAAAACAAUUAUUAUGUAUGCUCUGAUUGUUGGUGGCAUCUAUUUCCAAAUGAACAAAUCCAAAAUUUCUGGAAUACAAAACAGGGAAGGGGCAUUUUUCUUCAUUAUCAUGAACCAAGUGUUUGGCAACAUGUCUGCGGUAGAACUCUUCAUCAAAGAGAGAGCAAUAUUUAUACAUGAAAAUGUGAGCGGUUACUAUCGUGUAUCAGCUUAUUUCCUUGCUAAAGUUUUCUGUGAUGUCAUACCUCUCAGAAUGAUUCCAGUGAUCUUGUUCUCAGUUAUAGUUUAUUUUAUGUUUGGUCUCAGAGACGGUGCAGACCAUUUCUUCUUUUUCACGCUCAACAUGUUCCUGACGGCUAUAACUGCUUCAACUCUUUGCUUCGCCAUCAGCUCAUCGGUCAAGAUUUUGGGCUUAGCCAAUUUAUUUCUGGCAAUGUGUUAUGUCUUUAUGAUGUUAUUUGGUGGACUCUUGAUCAAUGUCGGUGACCUUGGUCAUUGGAUCAGUUGGGUCAAGUACCUAAGUAUAUUCAGAUAUAGUUUAAAUGCUCUUGAAAUUAAUGAGCUACAAGGUCAGAUGUUCUGUUCAAAUGGCACAGAUUGCAUAUCUGGCAAUGAUCACCUCACCAAUCAAAAGAUUUCUUUUGAGACAAAGUGGGACUUGUGGCAGAAUGAGGUAGCACUGGUCAUUAUGACUGUCAUCUUCUUGAUAUUGGCUUAUGUACAACUAAGAAGAAUUCAGAAGCUCAAAUAGAACAUGGCCAAUGUUUACUGUAAACAUCUUUUUUUUUUAAUUGUUGUUGUUUGUUUCAAAGUUUGGAUGCAAAGUAUUACUUCACCAGAGAUUUUUUACUUUGGCUCUGCUGAGAUUCUUUUGUCACAUGUCUUUUUAUUGUAAUUUUCUUUGAAUGUUAAAGAGACGGAUGAGUUUUAUGGCCAAAGUGCCAUAUCAUCUCAAUAUAUAUUUUUAAAAAUAUCUUAUUGUCUGAAAUAAUAUUGUUUUAAAGAAGUUAAAAAAAAGAAAACAUUUGAAUGUGAACAAUGUACUAAACACCAAUCAUUUUUAUGAACAAAUGUUGAUCAAGAACAAAAAUUAGCAAUGAAUAAGGUUCUUCUAAAGAAGGAAAUUGUUUUACAUUGUCAAGAACCUAAAAGUAUAUACAGUUAAUUAAUGCUACAUUUGAUGCUUGGGGGCUUACUAGCUCCUGAACUAAGGGGUAUGGAGUUUGGAUUGCAAACUAAAUUUUUAAACUUGGUAAUAUUUAGGAUGUUCCUGAGUCCAGGCCACUCUAAUUAGCACCUGACAUUCACUGAGGAAGAAAUGGGGUUGGUUAUUGUAUUGGCCACAUGAUACUCAUGUUAACUGUUGGUCAUAGAAAUAGAUGAGCUUUACAUAAUCAGCCCCCAUAGAUAUUAAAGGUCUGAAAGGGAUACCUUUAUAUACUUCUAUUGUCUAUAACAUCAUUUGGCGAGUUCAUUGAGAAGAAACUUGUCCCACGGACAUUGCAAUCAAAAUAGAUUUUUUUUUAAAUGUUAAGAUUCCUAGUCCUGACACUUUAUUUUUCUAAUUUAAAAUUUGCCUAAAUGUUUAAAGUAGUGUCCACAUUCCUCAUAUGUUAUAGAGGGAAUAAUGUCGUAGUACUUACGAUAUGGGGGAGAUACAGAAGCUUUAAUUAUAUAUUACUAUGAAAUUGUAUAUUACUAUGAAAUUGGAUGUUCGCUUUGCUAAGAGUAAGUGGCUGGUCCAAUUCAGCUGUGGUCUGAUUAAGUUGUAUUUUUAUCAGUUAUAAUUAUUAUUGUAUAAUACAUUUUUAAAAAAAUACUGGUAUGUUUAUAAUGUAUGUAUUUAGACCAAUGCCAAUGAAAAUUUGACAAUCUUAUCUGUAUUGGUGUGUUUUUUUUAAAAGAGUCUAGGCUUAAUUGAAAUGUUUUUUUUAAUACAUAAAUUAGUUUCUUUUUUUUUUUAAAUACAAAAGUAAUUUAAAUUUUCUUUUUAAAAAAUUCUGAAAAUCGUUUAAUAAAUGUGAAAAAUGUUAUUCUUCAGUAUAUAUCUGUAUGUCCCUUGUUUUUUUUGCAAAUCAACUGUUCAAUGAUUCAUGGUUGUGGGGUUUUCAAGCUUGUCAAGAUUGUUGAAAGCUAGAGCAGAUGUCAGCCUUAUUGAUAUGCUCAAGAACUGUUUAAGUUUAUUUCAAACCACAUUUUUUUAAAUGUUUGAAUUUUUAAUGCCUCAGUUUGAAAUCUUUUUUUUUAAGCCUUAUGUCUAAUAUUUGUCUACUGUAUUUAGUUUUACUAGUUAUAUCUGUAAGACUGGGUCUCAAAGGCACAUAUAAAUCAUAAUAUAACUUUUAAGAAAUGGGAUUAUACUCCAAUAGGGGAGCUAAUCUUGAAUUUUGAUGUACUUUUUUUUUACAAUUCCUGAUUCUUUCUUUUAAAAUUACAUGAAAAAUCAAUUUAAAUAUUAUUAUUUUUAAAAUAAUUUUAUUUUGAAGAUAUAAUGGCAGUUUGGUGAAAAGACUAUAUACCAUGUAAAGAAAUAGAUUUGCAUUUCUUUGCUAGUCUUCUUAAACUGGACUAUUGAUAAGUUGAUAAGUUGAAUGGCUUUUUAAAAUUCUGUAGUAACUAGCUACAAAGUAGGUGUCCAUAUUCGAAGAAAAACUUAUAUUCUGCUGAGUCUUUAUUUGAAACAGAAUCUUUAGGUUUUUACUGGUAACUUGAUGUUUCAUAUCUUUAUUGAUAACAUUUCUUAUCUUGCAAUGUUCUUUUUAUUUAUGUAUCUAUUAGCCAGGAGUACUGUCAAUACACUCUGGUGUGCCUUAAGUGCAAAGGACAAUCUUAUGACUCGCUAUGUACAUUCAAACAUUGCACAUCAGAGCCUUGUGCUGCUCUUUGUUUACUGUCUAAUGCGUCAUGUCAAAGAAAAAUAACUCCUUCACAAGUUUUCUUACAUGUACUGUUAGGUAAAGAUCGUCAUUGAUUACUGUAACCUUAUGUUUGGGAAAGUGCAACUUCGCAUGCUCUAUGAUCCUUACUUGUUGUAGCUUGCUAUUUUCAAAUUUCUGAAAAGCUUUUUUUAAACAAUCUGUAUUUUUUUGGGGAGCAGACAUCUCUGUUACUUGACCAGUAUCUCAUACUAUAUAUAUUCUUCAGAUAACUUUCCAGUCUAACUCAGCACAAAUACAAACUUUAUAUUUACUUAUACUGAAAUCAAGUGCUCUUAUUUAUGCUUGACUUCUGACCUAGAGAAUACACAAAUAUCACAUGUACCCUGACCAUCCUCUCCACACACACAAAAAUCUUUGAUGUACUAGUCUUAGUCAAGAAAGCAUUUAUAGAUCUGGUCAAAUAUAAUUUUUAUAUUCGCAAAAGUAUUAACCUUUUUUUUAUAACGAUUUUGAAUCCAUACAAGAUUUUUGAGUUUAUAUCUUGGUUUCAGCUUGCUCCCUUGCCUUUUGUGAACACAUUAUAUACUGUGUUCAUGUGUUUCUGUCAAUCAUAUCAAUCAAAGUAAGCAAAGACACUGUCCUUGAGUUUUAAAGAGAAAGGAAGAUCUACCAAGGUCUAGCAUGACCUAGAUAUUUUGUCACAUCUUAUGAAAAUUAAGUAGUUUUUUUAAGGUUCCAUUUUGUCUCUGGUCUCAAGUAUGUGUAGUAGUCUUUGAAAGAAGCCUGUUUUUGCCAAGUUCUUUUAUAUGCUAGUAAUAAUAGUAAGUGAAUAUCUAAGCGGGUCUUUAAGUGCCAGUAGUAAAUUUCUCUGUUCUGCCAUUCACCUCAUCAAAUAGGUUACAAUUGGCAGGAAGUCAUGUCCAACCUAGGAGGUGUGAUGACUGAGUGGUUAAGCGCUUGGCCUCUAAACCUGGGGUCUUGGUUUUGAAUCUCUGUGAAGACUGGGAUUUUGAACUUUGGGAUUUUCAGGGCACCCCUGAGUCCACCCAACUCUAUUGGGUACCUGACUCUUGUUGGGGAAAGUAAAUACGGUUGCUCGAUGUGCCAGCCACAUGACACCCUGCUUUUAAACUGUUGGACAAAGAAACAGAUGACUUUAACAUCAUCUGCCCUAUAGAUCACAAGGUCUGAAAGGAGAACGCUCCUUUUUUCUUUACAUAUCCAAGCUAGCAUAGUCACCAAACAGUUAACUCUACCUCUGUUCCUACACUUUUGGUUAGACUUGUUUAUAUUUUCAUACUGAUAACUUGAAAUGCUCACUUAAAUGCUCACUUAUAUUUUCCUGCUCUAAGUGAAAGCACGGUGAAAGUCUCUCUCGGGAGAGAUGCCAAGACAUUCCAUCCGACGUUUGAUUUCAAGCCUUGCUAGCUUUAGAUGGGUGGUUAUGCAUUUCUUUGAAGUGAUGUUCAUUUGGUACUACGCAUCUCAGAAGACAGAGAGAAAUGGGAAAAGAUGAUCGACAGAUCAUGUGUGGUGGCCCAACGGUUCAACAGGCAGGUGAUGGUGAUCCCAGAUAUGUAAAGAAAUCUAUGACACAAAGAGCAUGGCCAUUUACUUGGUAAAGCUAGAUAGCUGUUUCUAAAACAUAUCAUUCAACUGACAGUAAAAUUUAAGUCAUUUUUUGGGGGGGUUCAAUAUGUGUGCUGUUUGGCGCCACCAAGUCUAUAGGUGCUAUUUCAUGUACCAAAUGAUACACUUGAAUGCUUUUUUUUAUUUGUGCCUUAACAUUGCCUUUGCAUUUUCAAUGUAUUCCACAGUUUUGCAUGUCUCUAAUGAAAGUCUACAUUUUGUUUUAUCACAAAUGAUAUUAUCAGUACUAUCUAAUCAUAAUUGUUGUUUUUUUGUUGUUGUUUUUAAAACACAUGUAGUGUUAUCUAUAUAUCAUUUCUCAAGUAUUAUUUCAUUUUGCCUUUUUUAACUUACCACGAUGUUCAAGAUUUUGCGCUACAUACCUAUAUAUUUGCCUGUGGAUCCAUGUAAAGUCUUGGAUGGUUUUUGUUUUGAAUAUAUUGCCUUCGCUUCAGGAUGGUUUAUGUUCCAAUAUUUUUGUAUCUUCCCUUACACAUUUCAUAAGCAUGCCAUUUAUUAAUUCUAAUGUGUUUGGAUGGUAUUAAACCACUGUUAUUAUGUACCAAUAUAACUAAACAGACAUUUUAACUUUUGUAAAGUAAAAGGAUCUUGGCAUAUUGAGAAAGCUAAAAGCAUAAAAUUGGGCUUAAAAAAAAAUAAAUAAUCUUUAUUGUCUGUAUGGAGAUUUGUCUCACAAUUUGUGCAUUACACCAAACAAAAAACAUUAUAACAUAUAAAUCAAUAGUUAAAAACAAUAUUUCUAAUCACACAUAUUGAUUGUUGUUGGUCUAGAUCUAUUACAAAUUUAAUUACAUAUAUAAGCUUUGUUUUUUUGUGUUUUGUUUGUUACUGCUGUGCACCAACACAGUUCUGUUACAUAGAGAUUAUAAUGUAUCAAUAUAACUAACCAGAUAUUUUAGCUUUUGACAAUUUGGUAAUCUUCUAUCAAGGCCUGUCAUUGUUUUACUCUUGUACAUGUGACAUGAUUGGGGUGAUGGAUGCUAUGAAAAAAAAAAAGGGGGGGGGGUGUUGAUUGGCAGGCAUAGUCAUUAGUUGUAAAUGUCCAGUCCAGUAGAACUAGUUGAUUAUGUUGAUAUUUCUUAAUGUUUUUAUUUAUUAAUGGAUUAUCACGACUGCAUGCUACAAGUGGUUAGAUUUUAAUCAAGCUUUAGUCAAUGUUAAUAUAAAACAAAUUGGUUUUAACCCUUAUGCAUAAAAUAAAAAUGCAAAUUGGUUCCAGUAGCUUUAAAUAUUUUUCUAUUACAUUACAAAUUUAUUAUUUAAAAAAAAAGAAAGUAUGUGGUAUUAAUAUUGAUUGUAAUUAUUAACUUAUUUGCAGUGUCACUAAGUACACAAACAUGCAGGAUAGUUUCAGGUUGAAAGCACUUUAUUUCCUGUCCUGCUGUUGACAAAGACUAUAAUGCAGCGGUUCUCAACCUUUUAUGCUUGCCGACCCCUUUUUACAAUCCCCCACUCUGCCGCGACCCCCCUCCCCCCACACACACAUACAGCAAUAGAAGAGUAGACAAUAACAAUCCACAUUUUCGAUGGUCUGGAAAAUCGUCAAUCGACCCCCAAGGGGGUCGCGACCCACAGGUUGAGAACCCCUGCUAUAAUGUAUUUCCUGUCCUGCUGUUGACAAAGACUAUAAUGCAUACAAUGUAUGCACUUGGUCUUAAAGAUAAUAAAAAAUAUAUCCAAAAAAUAUUUGAAAUGUUUCUUUUUGCUCAUACUAUGGUCUAUUUGCUCAUUGAGUCAUAUACAUUGGUGUAUAGCCCAGUAUAAUGUUUUAACAUUUCUUUUUUUGUAUGUUAGAAAAAAAAGAAUUUUUGAUGUCUCUUUGAGUAUUGUAAUAUUGACAGUCCCAAAUUUAAAUUUAUUACUUUUUUAAGUUAAGGAGUUUUAUUUGUUUUAUUCUUAAAACUUGGAGACAGCAUUAUUUGUUUUACUUUUUUUUUUCCCUUCAAAUCUUUCUUGUAUAUUUCACUAGUUUAUAUAUUUGAAUGACUUUUUUUUUUAAACCUCCUGGCCAUUGCCUUGUUGUCCAUUCUCUUUAUUUCUUUUUCAUUUUUUUAUGCAAUGUUUAAACAGAAAUAAAGUAACAUUUGUAUAUCUAAGCACUAACUGAUAUAGAUGUGGGCCUACUUACUCAAAUGUUCACUAGAUUGUCCAAACAGAUUUCUUUGAUGCAACAAAGAUGAUGCCAUUUAAUUCCAGGAAAGCCCAACUUCAGUGAGAAUAAGAAUUUAUCCAGUUGCAGAAUUUUGCUUUUAAUAUAAAGCUGGAGAUAAUUUCAAGCCUAGGUUCCAUAGCAACUACAGCCAGUAACUUUAAGGUUACAAAAUUAGUUCAUUAGUGUGGCAGCUUGGUCGCAUGGUAUGUGCUCUGAGCUGUCGUCUUGAUGAUCUGAGGUUUGAGGCCUCUCUGUCACCAUCCUUGUGGAGGUUUGGGCUAGCAUGUAGAAAUCUUCAAUUCUGAAGGAGUAUACAAAACAUGUGAAACAAACAAUGUGAACAUUUUGCAAUAAAAAUAAGCAAUCUAAUGUGAAUUAAGUCCUCAACUGUAAACUUUUAAGAGUUGGCAACUCAACACUAUUGUGUUUGAUGUAGAGCUGCCAAUUAUGGUAAUAUUGUCAAACAAGUUAUUACAUACCUGAUACUUCAAUUGUAUAAUCUGAUCUUAUUGCAUUAAGCAUUGUGUCUAUAUAUUUUUACAUUACUAACAUUUGUUGUUUUUUUUUAAACUUACUUUGAAUACUAAUACUUUUAGUUUUUAUAUGAUAAUAAAAUUAAAUACUUUGCUCUA